AUGGACCCCUCAAUCCUCGCCCGAGACGAUGCCUCCGGCCGCCCACCCAUCUACAAAGCAAUCGGCAUUUCUCUCGCCGUCGCAUCAGGCCUCUUCAUCGGCGUCUCCUUCGUGAUCAAGAAAAUCGGGCUGCUGAAAGCGAACGUCAAAUACAACGAAGAAGCAGGCGAGGGAUAUGGCUACCUGCGCAAUUUUUGGUGGUGGACUGGGAUGACGCUGAUGAUUGUUGGGGAGAUAUGCAAUUUUGUUGCGUAUGCGUUUGUCGACGCUAUACUUGUUACGCCUUUGGGUGCGCUGGCGGUUGUAGUGACUACGAUAUUGUCUGCGAUAUUCUUGAAGGAAAGGUUGAGUUUUGUUGGGAAGGUGGGCUGUUUCUCGUGUAUUAUCGGCUCGGUGGUGAUUGCGAUGAAUGCGCCGGAGCAGUCCUCUGUUAGUGAUAUUCAGGAUAUGAAGAAGUAUGUGAUCACGCCUGGGUUUCUGUCCUAUGCGGGUGUAAUUGUCCUUGGGUGUGCAUUUACUGCGUUCUGGGCUGGCCCGCGGUAUGGGAAGAAAAAUAUGUUUGUGUAUAUCAGCAUUUGCAGUCUGAUCGGGGGAUUGAGUGUGGUUGCGACGCAGGGACUGGGGUCUGCGAUUCUGGCGCAGAUCAAUGGCAAGUCGCAAUUCAAGGAGUGGUUUCUUUAUGUGUUGCUGGUUUUUGUCAUUGCAACGUUGUUAACUGAAAUCAUCUACCUGAACAAAGCAUUGAAUAUCUUCAACGCCGCCCUCGUCACUCCAACAUACUACGUCUUCUUCACCACCUGCACCAUCAUUACCUCCGCCGUCCUCUUCCAGGGCUUCCAAGGUACCGGCAAAGAAAUUGCAACAGUCGUCAUGGGGUUCCUCCAAAUCUGCGCUGGCGUCGUCCUCUUACAGCUUUCCAAGUCAGCGAAAGACGUUCCAGAUGCAGCUGUCUUCAAGGGCGAUCUCGAUCAGGUCCGUGAAGUAGCCACGCAGGAGGAGAGUGAGACAGAACCCAAGGCGGAUUCGAUCCGUGGCGCUGCUGCUAUUGUACGGCAGUUGUCAAGCACAAGACGAAAAGGGGAGGAAGAAGAGGUCAGACGGUAUCUCAGAGAGAGAAAUGAAGAUCUCAAGCCUCUGGGUGAAAAUGAAUCAGUCGAGUGGGAUGGCCUGAGACGAAGAAAGACUGUCCUGGGUGAUGCGAGAUCAUAUACACCGGGAUCAGCUAGGAGCACGCUCCCGCCAUUAGGAAUGUCACACUUUCCAGAGGAGCAGGGCCAAGACACAGACAGACCCAACCGCAGCUUCAUCGACGGCAUUCGAUCCCGAGCAUCCAGUCUCCUCCAUCCCCAAUGGCGUCCGAUCAACGAUGACCAAUCUGCGCUGGACGAAAAGAGCUACCACGGAGCAAUGCCACCAGAUACCACCGACUUCGCCUACGCGCGCAGUCCCACCCCACAAACAACACCACAACCGGUGUACAGCGGCGGGAAACGCCAAUUCUCAUUCAACACCGUCCUAAACCGCCUCAAAUCCCGACCUUCCAGCCCAGCACACGGUAUCCUUCGCGCAACACCAACGUCCGCCGAAAAAGAAGCUCUCAAAAACGCCACAGAAGAAGAACGUCUUGGUCUUGUUCUUGGUGGGGACUCACACCGUCCUGAAGAUGACGAGCUGAAUGAGCGUCUAGCGCGGUCAGAUUCAGUUUCUUCAAGUGACUCGAGUCUAGGCGGCGGGCAGGCGAUGAUGGAUCGUCUUCAUCAGUCACUUGACGAGGCGGCGAGGAUCUAUCAGAGUCCAAAGCCGAAACAGCAUCAGGUUUCUGUGUCAACGGUUUCGACUGCGCUGGGAGCUCCGUUUGAAAGGAAUGCAGUUUAUCCGUUGUCUUGCUCGCAGCCACCGUCGUAUAGCACAUUACCACAAUCCGAGGCUGUUCCGUCGCAACAGCAGCCAGCGCAGAGGUCUAAUCCGUUGCCUCCGGUUCCGCCGGAGAGCCCAUUGGUCGCGGCUGGAGGGGAUUCACAUAUGCGGGUCGAGCUGCGAUCUCCGUAUAGUCCUCCAGGGUCAGAAGUGUCCAGCCGCGGACGAGGCGGAUGGCGUCGAGAGGACUAUUGA